GGGAGCUGCAGGCUGGAGGCGGCGGCGGUGGAGCUGGCGGCGGGUGCGGCGGCCCUGGGGGCCGGAGGGGCGGCCGAGUCCUGAGGGAGGAGAGAGCAGCACGAAAGGAGGGGCUGCAGAUGGUCAGCCUGUGGUGAUCCUUCUCGGUUGGGCAGGCUGUCAGGACAAAUAUCUAGCCAAAUACAGUGCAAUUUACAGUCAGAAGGGGUGCGCCACCAUCCGCUACACAGCUCCGUGGAGGAUGGUGUUCUUCUCGGAGUCUUUUGGCAUCAGAUCCCUCCAGACCCCAGCUAGGAGACUCCUGGAGCUGCUCUUCGACUACAGCAUCGAAAAUAGACCUGUUCUGUUCCAUGUUUUCAGCAAUGGUGGGGUCAUGCUAUACCGCUAUAUCCUUGAAGCACUCCACACAGAGCAGCCAUUCAAGAGCCUCAAAGUAGUGGGCACCAUUUUUGAUAGUGCUCCUGGCAGAAGAAACUUGAGAGGAGGCCUUCGUGCUUUGGGAACUGUCUUGGUAUCCACUAAUGUGCUGCUCAAGUAUUUCCUCUUGUUCAGUUUUGCCGCUACAGCUGUUGUGAUGCGGAUCAUCCUGUACCCGUUGACCCGCUUCAUCCAUGAGAGUCAUUACGAUGUCCUGCUGAAAGCGCCCUCCCGAUGGCCCGAGCUUUACCUCUAUUCCCAAGCUGAUGCAGUCAUUGAGGCCAGUGAAGUUGAGCACAUGGCUGAUGCCCGGCAGCGGCUUGGUGUCUCUGUGAAAGCUGUAGACUUUUCAGACUCUGCUCACGUCAGCCAUAUGCGGGCAUAUCCCACCUAUUACAGCAACCUCUGUAUGACUUUUCUGUUGGACUGUGUCAGGGGCUCACCUUGUUAGUGGUGUAAUUACUUAUCUGUAUGCCUCUACUUUGCUCAGGUUGUAUAGGAAACAUCACCCCCUUGCUUCUGUGUUUUUGAAGUGAGGAAAGCAGAGACUUCCUCUGUCCUCAGCUUUUUUUUCACUAGAUAAAUAUCUGAACGCCUCCAGGCUGGCCUUUGCGCCCGCUGAGUCGUAGGAGCAAGUAGAUGUGGGGUAAUUUUAGGUACUAAUGGUGAAAUCCUAGCUUUAUCUGCUUUACUAAGGUGUCACAGACUAGAAUUUCACCUGGAUGUUAUUUGUUUCUUCCUGUCCCGUGUUGUUCUCUACUUUUUAUACUGUGUUCUUGUCCCUGAUGUCUAAUGUGCAUGUUCCGUUGCCUUGUACUGGUUCUAACAUUACAGCUCUUCAAUGUAUUUGUUCUUUCUCUGUUAUUUCUUUCAUCUUGUAGUGAGCAAACAGAAGCAGCUCUGCAGAAUUUCCCUCUUCUCUCAGUGCAUUGUAACUGUUGCAGUCGUUGCUGGAGAGCAUGCCCAAGAGCCAAAUGCAAGAUCUGGAGAAGGCUUGUGCAUGGAAAUAUGACCAGACUGCCAUCUGCUUUCAUUAAAGAGUGUAGAUAGCACAGCAAAGCACUGAUUCCCUUGCCCUGGAAGGAGGCUUAAAAGUUUGUGAUAAAUUCUAUGUUCUUCAACCGAAAGAUCAGAUUAAUCUUUUUGUUGCUCUUCCUUUUUUCUUCCCUGUGUUCUCAUGAGUAGUUUUAAUUUUCUGGAGAAAUGCACGUUUAUUAUUGUAUAUUGUGGAACAGCCUAGAUUGUGCAUCUGGGAAUGCCGGGAAACUGGCAUAGCUGUAACCCAGAAGACCUCAGAAAUAGGUGGAAUUGGAGAGAAAAAUGGAACUGUCUAUCGGAGCUAUGAUUUAUACUAGGUGUUUCUUAAAUCGCUUCCAGUGAGCUAGCCCACAAAUGACCAUGAAAUUCAAUGUUUUUUUUUCCCCAUGAUGCUCUUUUCAGAUGAUCAGUCUUUGCUGCUUGUGCAGUGUGUACUUCUAAUGCAAAGAAAUGAUUUCAUUUUACCCAGUGAAAAAGUAGCUUGUUGCACUGCUUUGCAGCCAUGUUUGUUCUUGGGCUUUGUGAUUUAUUUUAGGGAGAGACGGGGAUAAACUCAGAGGCAGAGCCUGCUAAUAACGCAUUUCCUCUGCGUCACAGCGUUGGAAACUAAUUAAAAAUGUGGUGGUCAUUUUUAGCCAACUUUUAAGUUCUUACUCUCCAACUGCAGGAACAGGCCCUGCCAUGGAGAGGCAUGAACAAGGGGCUGCCCUUGCAAGGUAAGGACAUGGAAAACACGAGAAUUCUUAUGAGUGUUUGCUGCCUGUGCUUGACUCGCCCACCCUUAGGGUGCUGCCAUCCACAGUUACAAGGCACUUGCUGUUCUGAAGGGAAACACAGACAGAGAGAUCUCUUGGGAUGCGCUAAAAUUAUUUCUGAGUUUACAACAUGAACUCUAACACGUCACACGAGACAACACAGGAUGAGUUGUGGUCUGUGGCUAGAGCACCUGUUUUUAGCAGAAUAAUGUGGCAACACUUCCUUAAAACUAAGAAUAAGCCCACGUUGAGCAUGCUUUUGAGGGGUGGAUUGCGGUGUAUAGGAUAUGUGAGAAUUGCCUAAAAGGGGGCUGACUGCCUGGUUUAUUUUCAAUUAUUUAAGUGAAAACUGUCUCCAAGCAUGAGAGCCCUUACUGCUUGAGGCACAGCCUUGUGUAGGUGUAAUCUUUGAGUUUUGACUUCCACUGUGAGAAUCAGCUGUGUGGGCUACCCUGUGGUAUGAGAACUUUCAAUAGACUGUUUUCUGUAAAGAAAUUCUUAUUCCUAGGAUUUGGACCUAGGGGACCAUGUCUGGAUUUCAUAUCCCAGAAAGUCCAUCACAGGUCUUGUAGAUUUUUGAACCUAAAUCUGACUUGUGCUAUCAGUGCUGUAACUGCUAAGCUGUCAUGUGUUUGCUUGCCUUCCUGGAGAACUGUGCUGUAUCUUUCUUCUGAGCAUCCAGCCUAUUUGUGGGACUGUGAAAAUGCUUAGGGAGCAGACGUGAUAAAGGUUAUUUAACUAACACUUGCCCUCGUGCUGAUUUCUGUGGGUUCAGUAUUUAUAGAACUCUUAAACACUUUAUAAUGUUUAACUUUGAAUUAAUACAGUUGUGCUGGACUGGGAUUCUGCUGUUGCUGUUUAUUGCCUUGGGUGUUGAACUUCUCUGUGUGCCUAUUUAAGCGCUUAGGCUGCUGUGGUGUGUGGUUGGCAGGUGUUGGAGCUAAGCCCUCCAUCCCUGUGUGACAAAAUGGUCAAAAUCCCCCUGGGAAGAGCAUCACACCUGUGUCACACCUUUAAUCUCCCCCUUCAUCCCUGCAACAGGAUUGCCACUCCCUACCUCCUGCUGUCCAUGCCCUCCAACUUCUUGCUUUCCGGUGCCGCAGCCUGUAAUACCUGCCGGCCUCCAAGGUCUGGAUCCCUCUGCGUCUUUGCUCCAAUGUGCGUAUUCCUACAUACACGCUUCCAGCGCUCCAUACUCUCACCUCUUUUCACCGGUCCUUAGAGUGUUUCUGUGCCAUUGGCACCUCAGCAUUGCGCUUGGCUGGGGGCAGCUAGACCACCCUUGUUUUCAGCACAAACUGUGCAUUUGCAGCUUACUGGCCUCUUCAGCUCUAGGAUCCAGUGUGCCUGGUGCAAUGAGUAGCCCUGGUUUGUGGCUGUGGAUCAGUUUAUCCUGUGAUCGGGUCCCCCAGAGCAAGAGCAAGGCUGGGGCAUUGCCGUGCUGACGGGGAGCGUGUGCCUUCUGAUGGAGCCCUGCAUGCAAAGAAGUUGCACGAUGUGCUUCACUGUUGUACUGUAGUCCUGCUGCCCUAAACUGCUGGUGUGACAGUGGGCACCUUUGAAAGAGCUGGCACGUGCCCAGGUAGCCGAGUUGCAUUUCCAUAGGCCACCCUGUACUACAUGAACAGGAACUUAUUCAUGGGCAUUUCUACUACUACAGAAACUAUUUAAAAAUUGGGAUUAAUUCAUGUAUCCACCCUUCUCAAAGAACAGUGGGGCGAUCUCUAGCAGGCUAGUGAUUUAUGGAGGAAGUCACCCAGAAGAUUGGUGCUGAUGGGUUUAGUUUUCCAUAUCCUAGCAAAUUUUAAUUGUGAUUAUGAGCAAUGUGUUAAGUGUAUUGUAUGAUAUAUUGCCCUUUUCUUCCCUAUACAACAUGUAUGCUUGCCCCCCUUUUCUGCCCUCUGUAUUUCUGUUGCUUGUUAUUUGAAACAGAAGGUUAAUAACUUGGAGCCUGAAGGCACUCAGCCAAGAACUGAUCCAAGCUCUACUGGAUUUUUGAAAAACAACCUCUAAUCCUUGCUAAACUGUCAGUUUGGUGCAGCCAGUGUUCCUAGAGAGCUUCAGCCUCAAUAAUGAAAGCCAAAGAUUGGCAUGUCUUGGUAGAUCCAAGUAAUCUUUGAGACAAAGGGAGGGGUAAUGCAGAUCAGCACUUUGGGAGAAAAAGCAGCACCCUGUGACUUGCUUUGGGGAUAGGGGACAGGAUGUGACACUUGCAGGCACCGUUUUCCUGCCAGCCUGUGAAGCCUUAAGUUCAUUUUAACGCAGUUAAACUCUCACGUGGGGCCCUGCUGAGCUGUGCAGGUGAAAUACCAGCUGUGGUGGGAGAGGAAGAUGCCCAGGGUUCCCAGGGGCCAGCUGCUGGCAUUGUGCAUUUCCUAUCUAGGUUAAUUUUGCAAGAGCACAAAUUAACCUUUCCUCAUGAACAAAAGCCAUUUGUGAGUGUUUCCUGCAAGGGAGCUGGCUGCGUGCUCAGUCCCAUGUGCAGCCUUUUCUGCGUAGGCACUGGCGAUGUUACAGGAAAGGCUUAUAGAAAGAAAAAGGCUGGUGAAGUGGUGGUCAGGGUGGUUGUGGGCCUUGGCAGAAGAAAGUUUAGCUUCCGCUGACUGGAUGGUGAGAGGACACCUGCACAGCCAGGGUUGGGAGGCUGCGGAGGUGCUGUGGGUGGUACAGGGGCCAUAAACAAGUCCAGCCAGGAGUUGCAUUUUAGACUGGUGGAAAAUCUGUGAUGAGAGAAGAAUUCAAGCCAGGCUGCUGAAUAAAGACUAAUCUGUGUGCGCACAUAAUAAAGGCUUUUAAAAAAUC